ACGGCGAGCAGUAUGGCGACAUGUCGCUUCGUGCGUAAACAGUGAGUGUAGGCACUUGUCUCAUCGUGGCGGGAUAAAUAUUGUCUGACUGGCUAAAGUGUGCUUCUACACAUCGUUCAAGAUCGUACAGCUUACAGGACGUCUCAUUUAAAGAGCAGAAACAGUGAUAUUUCUUCGCAGUGAGCAUUUGACAGAUUAUCGCCUUUGCUUGCCGUUUACAGUUAUGUGUUAGCUUAUCAAUGAGAAAGGACAGAGCUUUGUGACUCGUGGAAAAGGCGUGAAUAUUCUAUUGCGACUGAGAGGAGACGAAAUGAGCGGGUCUGCAGUGCCCUGGCGUGGAAAAUUCCGACUGAUACCGUGUUAGCUGAACCGUAGCGAGAAGAUUUGGAUUAUGUGGAGUGUUAAGACCAGCGAGACGAAGAAUUCUCAAGGAUGAGCCGUGGGUACUACGUACCCUGUGCGCCGUUCCUCUACUUGGUUCCGGACAGCGGGGGCAUGGACUGCAUGCCGCUCCAGCCGGCGCAUGCGCACCAACCGCAUCGGCCGCCGGGGCCAUUCCAGUACCUCAUGCACGAGCAGGCCAAGUCGCUCGUCGCACUACAGGAGCUGCAGAAUGAGGUGGGCGCGCUGCUGGAGUUCCGGGACCUGGUCAUGGAGACGUUCCCGCACCUGCGGCAGAAGCUGGCGGCCAGCGAGCGCGGCGGCUCCUCGUCGUCGUGCUGCACCAGCACCGCCUCCUCCACGUCCGCCAGCCCCUCCGGCGCCGCCUCCCGGCACCGCCCGCCGGCUGCAGACUGGGAACCGGGCGUGCGCGUGCGUCGCAAGCUGCUGCACGGCGCCGCGCACCACAAGGAGAUCACAGGAGGCAGCGACGGAGCGUCGAGCGGCGCCACGCAUCGGAAGCAGCCCAAGAGCGGCGACGGCAGCGGCACGAGCAGUGCGGGCAGCAGCGCCGUACAGGACUCUGGCUUCGGCACCGAGACCUCCUCCAACAAGGCCGCCUCCGCAACCACCGUGCUCCCUCCCGCUCACCACCACCAGGCCAGCUCGUCGUCGGUGGUGGUGGACGAGGCGGAGGACGAACUCUGGAACCUGCUGGACGUGAUCCAGCGCAAGGGCACGCGCCUGCGCGACGAGGUGGCGCAGCUGCAGCAGCGCCUCCAACAGCAGCAGGUGCGGCCGCCCCCGCCACCGACCCCUCGUCCGCGGAGGCCGCUGGGCGCUCUGGACGCGAUCCUCAGCGCGCCCUCCACGCUGCCCAGGGCACGCCCCGACGCGCGCAAGGUGGCCGCCAUCCUGCGAGAGCUGGACCCCGUGGAGCUGCAGAGGCACCUGCUCACCACCACCGCGCACAACCAGGCUUUGCAGAAUCGACUAGAGAAGACAGCAAAGCUGCACACUAGUCUCCUGGAGCAGCUGGAUAAAGUGAAAGACGAAAAUGAUGAUUUACGAUUUCAGCUUGCAGAAAAGAGUAUAGAGCUGGAGGGAACCAAGGCACGCAUGCGAGUAUUACAGCAACGGCAAAGCAAGGCAGCUGAAACAAACACUGCAGCAGUGUCAACAGAAACAGAUGAUGAGCAGCCUCCUCUACUUCCCCCAGAGGAAACGUGCAAUCCAAUCCUGCCUCUACUAGCAUUGCCAGUAGCUGGUUCAGAUGACCACAACCACCAGCACCACAGCAGUAGUACUGAGUCAGCACACGAUCACACUGAACAGCGCCGUGUGCAGUCAUCUAAUUCUCCCCGUCGCAGGCCUAGCAAGAUACCUUUACUGGGAACUAAAUCGUACUGUGCACCCAGACCACCAUCUGGGAAGACAGGUGCUAUCACGGCAGCACAUUCUAAUAAGAGCAGAGAUUCUCUGUCAGCUAAAUCUGGCCGGGAAAGUUCAUGGAAAAGCAAGGCUGAUGGUGCCUCUCUGAGUGGAAGCAAGAGCAGAGAACCUAUUUCUGUGGUUAGGAACUCUUCUCUUUCAGCGAGAAACAAUAGUAGAGAAUCACUAAAUGGUAGUAAAUCUAGAGAUUCCAUUCUGAGCAAAUCUCGUAGUGACUCAGUAAAUGGGCGAAAAGUAUCAGCCGUGGAAGUGACAAUGGUUUCUACUAGGUCGAGAGAUGGUCAUAGUCAAAAUAGUUUCUCAUCAAAUGCAUCUAAUACUAAUAAGCGAGAUUCUCUUUCUGGAAAAAGCAGAGAAGCUUCUUUCUCAUCAUCCAGUGGUUGGAAAGGAACUCAGCAUCCAGUGAGGAGGGCCAGUAGUGCAAGCAUCACAAGAGGCAACGUGAUUGAUCAAGCUGAUCGUAACUCUAAGGUACGACCGACUAAGCUUUCGUUUUGGAGCAACUGGUUGAAAAUUCUUGACAAUGCCAAUAUGGUCAGCAUCGCCAGUUGCUUUGGAGAGAAAACUGCAGCAUAUAUUGCAUACCAGAGACCAAAAGUUUUAACAGCAUCUGAUAGUCUAGAGCCAAAACAGUGUUCUUCCGCAACAGGAGAGACACAUGGCAGUCACCAUGAUGAUCAUCAUGAUGCAGAUUCAUUUUCGGAUUCCCUCAACCAUUUUCCUGACCAAGAAGUGGAACUUUCACCAAAAACAAGUGAUGAGAUUGAUUUCAAAAGUUUGACAUCUCAACUUAACUUACAAAGCCAAGAUGUAAACAGUGACAGUAACAUUAUUGUUGAUGGCAACUCCUCCUCAUCUGAAUUUUUUGACAGUAUCAAUGACUCUGAAAGUGUAUUGAAUAAUGAAAUUGUAUCUAGCAAAAAUGUACACGUCCAAGACCAUCACCUGCAUACUUCAUCACGAUGUGAAGGAUUGACAGAGUGUGAUUCAUUGGAGAACAGGGCACCUGAAAUGAUGAUAGAAGCAUUUCAUACACCAACAAAAUUUUUGUCAAAAGUAAUUUCUACACGAAACUUUUGUAUCGCACCAGGAGGUCAACAUACUGAAUACUGAAAUUAAUUUGAAUUGUUUUCCUUUCUGAUCUUCUAAUGGUGAGACACUGUUUCAUUCUAUUUACAACCAUGAACUACUGUGUGAAAAGACAUUAACAGUUAAUGUGCAGCAUAUGUCUAUUACAAAUGAAAUUUUAACCACAGAUUAGUAGGAAUAUGGUGGUUAAGAAUGCUGUUUGCAUGAUAGAAUGCUGAAAGUAUGUGGGGAUGCCAUCUCUAAUUAGUACUGCUUAUGGUUACUGAUGUAAAAUUUUCUAAAAAUACAUCUGUUGUAUUUAUGGAAUGGAUGUUCUGAAUUGGAUGUUAGUAAUUUGGUGACAUAAUAUGGUGCUCUUUUGUAAUCAAUAUUUUAAUGGAGCAUUUAAUUGCAUUUGCUGGUGUUUAGACUUUGCUUUUGUAAGAUAAUUUCCAAAUCUUUCAUGUAGUUUGACUUUUGGCUUUUGUUAUGAAACCAAGCAAAGCAUAAGCUUUUUGCCUUUGCUGACUGUAGUUAUCCUAAAAAUAAUCUUCACACUUUUUUGUCUUAAGUGAGAUGAAGAAUAGGCCAGAUGCGCAGUACAGAAAUUUGCAGAGAACAGGAAGAAAGUCACUCGGUAUCUUCCUUCUCCCUUUUAGGAAACACUAUCAUUAUUCCUUAGUUUCAUUUGUAAUGUGUUUCAUGGGACCCCAUGCAUAAAUUAAACAUGUUUUGUAUACUGGCUACAUAAUUCCAUGUAUCUGUAUUCUGAAUCCAAACAAAACAUUGUUUUUAACAUGUAAAUAAUUGAGGAGAGAAAAACAUAAGAUGAAGAGCUUUCCAUUUAUGAAAAGUAUGCCAAUAUCCUUUCUAGAAAAGAAAUACACUGUCAGCUGCUAAAUUUAUUUGCUCUUUUGUAUUGUUCUCUACUCAUUUUACCCAAGACAAAUUAAUUGAAAAAACACACAUGUCUAAGGUGAACUGUUGGUUAUUAAUUUGAUUUUCAUUCUCCUACAAAGUUUUUUUAUAUUUUGAGGAAUGUUAGCCAGGCUGAGGUCAUGUGAGUUGUAGUGUUGUAUCUGAUAUUGAAGAGAUGCACCAAACAUCUAUAAACAUGAGUAAAAUUUUCAGUGUUUCAAGUCACAUCAUUUUGACUGGAUAAAAUUGCUGUUACUGGCACAGUACUCCACAUAUAUAGGUGAGGAAGCAACAUCUGGAAUCUUUCCAAGAGGAGCCAGAAUGAUGCCUGCACCUUCUGUGGAAGAUACCAGUUAUUGCUGUAUCAUCUGUAUGAGUGGAACAUUGUGCUAGUCAUUGUGGUCAUUAGUGUUACUCCUGAUUAUGGACCAGACAACUGUAGAAGUUGGCUAUAAGCCCAAGGAGAUUUUUUUCAGACAAACAACCACGAAAGAUUAUGACAACACAAAUCAUUAAAACUAUGAGCUGUGAACUGAACAUAAUGUUUUGUAUUAACUCAUUUAUUUAUGAAUAUUAGAGCAUUUCAUGUGACUGGUAGUUCAUACUUCAAGCAAUGUGUGCUGUGGUAAUGAGGUUGAGAUAGGGAAAAAGGAGCAAAUGCAUACAUUAAUACCAGUGGGAGAAUAGAGGGAGGAAGUUUGUGUGUGUGUGGGAGGCGGAUGAGUCAAAGUUAA